UUUAAUCUAAGUAAUUUGGAAGGCAUAUUCGUCAUAGCACAACUAAGUAACACCUUGAAGUGGCUGCACGAGAACAAGAUUUUGCACAAUGAUAUAAAAUUGGACAACGUCACCAAGGAUAAUGUGCAGUUCCAUGCCAUACUUAUAGACUUUGGUAAGGCAUGUUCAUUUGUAAAUGCUAAACGAAAGGAAUUAUCCGAGGAGUUAAAGGCUGAAUAUAGGGAAAAGCAUGCGCAUAUUGCAUCUGAAAUAAUCGAAAGCAAGUCAAAACAGUCACCAGCAAGCGAUGCCGAUGUUUAUGCUUUAGAGAGAGUUGUUUUAAAUUAA